UUAGGGGAGUGAAAGUCAACGAUUGUGGAUAAUCGGGGUAGGGUUAGAUUGGAUUGGAUCUUCCAUGGAAGCCCCGACUUUUUACUUUUUUUAUUCUCAAUCCAAGUAAUUUUCAUGGCCGAAUCUCCCACCCACCAGCAGAGUCCAGACUUUUGUCGGCAGAUUUCAGAUACAGACACUCGUCUCCCGACUCACCUCAACUUUCCGCUGCUACUCCAUGAUUUACCGUCGGUGAUUCCUGCCAUAGAUGCUCUCCUUUUGUCUGCUUUUCUCAUUAGGUUUUAUGAUCGACUCAUUAUUACCUUCUGCACUCCCCAAUUUUCCUCUCUUUCUUUCUCCUUUAAGGUUAAUUCUCAGAACUUGAGUAGAAGAGAGGGAUUAUGGUGUCUAAGGAUUAUCAGAAAACCUUGAGAGGAUCAACAAGAGGUGAGGUGGGAGAAAUCGAUACCAGUGCGCCGUUUCGAUCUGUCAAACAUGCUGUCGGCUUAUUCGGUGAAGGCACAUUUUCUGGGGAAAAGCAUUCCAUUAAGAAGUUGAAUUCGCUGCCCGGCGAACGGGUUCCGGCAAAAGAGACACGGCUCCACUUGGCGCAGAGAGAGUUGGAUAAGUUGAAGGAACGGCUGCAAAGCGCUGAGAGCACUAAAGUUCAAGCUUUAGCAGAACUCCAAAAGGCUAAUAGAAGUGUUGUUGAUCUCAAUGAGAAGCUGAAAAUCGUUAAUGAGUUGAAGAAAUCAGCAGUUAGGGCCUCCGAAGUAGUGAAGCAAUUUUCGCAAGAUAAUGGUGAAACUUGUGGAUCUUUGGAUAAUAAACUUAAGGCUACUGAAGUUCGGUUGGAUGAACAGACUCUGGAGGAGGAGUCGAAAAUCUGUGCCAACAGAGACGAACAGAAGCAAUAUCAUAAAGCGAGGCUCGAAGAAUCUGCAAAGAAGUUGCUUGCUUUGAAGAAAGAAGUUGAUCCUAAGGAUCUGGACGCUCGACAGAGUGAAGCCUCACAUGAAACUGAAAUUCUACGAAAUGAGAUGUGCAGUACUAACUCGGGCAAUCUCGAUUCAGCCAAGAUUGUUACAGUCGAGUUGAGCGAUGCUAAAGAAGCACUGAAUCGAAUGGUAGAAGAGGAAGGAAUGCUGAGGAGCCUGGUGGUCUCGCUCAAGUUAGAAUUCGAAAAAGUCGAGAAGGAGCAUUCUGAAGCGAAGUUGAACGAAGCAGAAACUGAAUUGAUCGUAAGUAAUCUGCAGACGGAGCUGCAGAGGGCUAAGUCUUGGCUAGAAGAAGCUGAGGUUUUAGGUGCUUCCACACAGCGUCUGGUUUCCGAGAGUGGGACUGCAAAGCAUGAUGCUCAAGAGAUGAGCCAGAAAGCCGAAGUGCUGAAAAUAGAAGCGGAAGCCAUGAGAGUUGAGCUCGAAGAAGCUCUAAGGAAACUGAGAAUCGCAACGAGGGAAGCUGAAGAAGCCAAGCUGGCUGAGAUUAGAGCCCUCGAUAGAAUAAAGUCAUUGUCGAAGAAAAAUGCUACUGCCCGGAUUACAAUAUCCAGAGACGAGUUCGAGUCUCUGAUCCGAAAGAUCGAAGAGUCUGAAACAUUAGCCAAUACGAAAGACGAAGCAGCGAAAGCGUGCCAAAACGAGUUGAAAAUGCGUCGGAUUUCUAUGGAGAGCUUCAAAGAAUGCAGCUUCUCUGAUUGUGUCUGA